CCAACGCAACCGAAUGGCAAACCUUCGAAGAAGUCGAAGAAGAAACACAACAACAACGACAACAACACCAACACAUCAACAGACCAGCGCAUUGCCACGAGCGCCCUGCGACUGACCGUUGUUGCGUUUCUGGUGCAGAACGUUCGGUUUGCGGAGAGCCUUGCCAUCAGCUUGGCCUCCGAUGGCCGUGGCACGCGCGAUGGUACAUCGUCUGGUGGGAAUGGGCAAACGCGUGGAAAUGGGAAUGGGAAUGAGAAAGGGUAUGAGAAUAAGAAUGGUGAUGUUGAGGCGGCUGUUGGUGUUUCGGCGAAAGGACUGACUGUGCACUGCGUAGAGACUACGGCGCUGGUGGUGGACUAUAUUAUGAGCCAGUUUGCAGGUACACUCGGAGAAGUUCGUAUGACGGGGACUGAAAACCGAGACAUCACGGCGCAUGCGUUGGCUCUGUGGUCUCUGAUGCGCAAGAAGGUGGCGAUGUUGGCAAAGUACUGGACACAGGCCAGUCUGAAGCUGUAUGCGGAGUAUAUGGUACGCACCCUGCCCGAUCUCACGGCCCACGAACGUACUAAAAAUAGCACAGACAAUGUUCUAUUUAUAACACAGGCGCGGUGGGGCGUGGUGAGUAAGGCGGCGAUGGCCGACGCGGCGGUUAUGGAGAUACCGGGGCUGGUGACUGAGAUAGUGAGGUGCAUUGUUGCCCAGUUGCAGGGCAUAUACACAGAAAUAGGGGAAAAGAAUAAGAAUAGCGAAGCUUUAUUUGGGGCUAUUGGACUGCUACGGAGUGCCUCAGCAGCGGAGGCCAAGGACCCGGUGAAGGACGAGGGGGGGGUGGACUGGAAAGCUGUGCAGAAGCAGAAGAC